UCCACCCGGUGCUACACCGCGUCCUCAGCAGCGAAAACUUGCAAAAAGUGCAGACGUGAGUAGGAAGAUGCGCAUCCCUGGAUGAACAGCUUCAAAGAAGUUGAAUUCAAGACGAUUUUGAAAACGUGUCAGUGAUUGUUUUAAGUGGCGUAUAGUGGACUGGUUGAUAUCAGACAGAAUGGAUCAGGAAAACAGCACUGGAGGCGAUCAGUGAUGAGAAUCACAGUUCUUCUAUAAUCAUCUCCUGAGACUGGGAUGUCUCUGAGCUCCAUCAAGACGUUCACCCUGGUGCUGGACGGUCCUGCGGAUGCGGCCUUCACGGUUGGGGAAGUGGCGUCCGGCCAGGUGAUCCUGGAGGUCAGCAGGGACACACGAGUGCAGUCCAUGAAGGUGCAGGGCAGAGGGGUGGCCACGGCGCACUGGCUGGAGAACCGCGGCAUGAACUCGGUGUACAACGACUACACGUCCAAAAUCACCUAUUUCAGGAAGAGGCUAAAUCUAAUCCGAGAUAACGGCGAGCUGACGGUCCUUCCUGCCGGCAGACACGAAUUCCCGUUCAGCUUCCAGCUGCCGGAGGAGACGCUCGUCACCUCCUUCGAGGGGAAGCAUGGCAGCAUCCGCUACUGGGUCAAAGUGAAGCUGCACAGGCCGUGGUGUCCCGUCAGGAAGAUCAAGAAGGAGUUCACCGUCAUCGAGCCCAUCGACAUCAACACGCCAAGCCUGCUGGCUCCUCAGGCGGGGACGAAGGACAAGCUGGCGCGGACGUGGUACCGUAACUUUGGACAGGUGUCCGUAACCGCAAAGAUCGACCGCAAAGGUUACACUCCAGGUGAGGUCAUACCUGUGUUUGCCGAGUUCGACAACGCCACGUCCAGAUCCAUCGUGCCCAAAGCCUUUAUCAUCCAGACGCAGACGUUCAUUGCACGCGGCACGAUGAAGCAGAAGCGCUCGGUGGUGGCGACGCUGUGUGGCGACAUGGUGAGCGCCAGAACCCGGGAGACCUGGCACGGUCGGGCCAUCAAGAUCCCGCCGGUGGGGCCGUCCAUCCAGCAGUGCCGCAUCAUCAAGGUGGAGUACAUGCUGAAGGUUUGCGUCGACGUUCCGGGAACUUCCAAGCUGUGCUUGGAGCUGCCGCUCGUCAUCGGCACCAUCCCGCUGCAUCCCUUCGGCAGCCGCACGUCCAGCAUCAGCAGCCACUACAGCGUCAACCUGGAGUGGCUGCGCAUGGCCAUCCCGGAGCAGCCCGAGCCUCCUCCAGAGUACAGCUCUGUGGUGACCGAGGAGGAGGCGGAGCAGCGGAACGACGGCGUCGCCCCGCCGCCGGCUGAAGACCUGAGCGGCAUCAUGGAGCGGCCGCUCAUGGCUUUCCUUCAGGAGUUUCGCUUCCGACCUCCGCCGGUCUACAGCGAGAUCGACCCGAACCCUCAACCCCCCCACAUGCGACCGCGCUGCAUGACGUGUUGAACCACGAGCCCCGCCUGAGCGACGAGCUGCGUUACUAGCAAAACGAAUCGAGAGAUUUGUCUUCUUCUGGAUCUAAUCCUCAUUGCUGAACGAGCGCCUGGACCGCAGAGCCGGACUGCAGCGCCACCCGGAGGAGGAGGAGCUCACAGGAACUGAAAAGCUGGCAGACACGAACGGUUCUGCCGACACGGGGAAACGGCUUCUCUGUACCAGCUCCUGUCCUUCACAAGUGAUUUGUUUUUCCAAAACUGUUCCUGCAAUUUUUCCGUCUCUCGGAGACGAAGCGCCUCCCAGUCGACGAUUCCCCUCUUUUCAUGAGACGUAAGGAGUUUGGGACUUGUUGGGCGUUUCAGGAUCACUUGGUAUUUAUCAGGCAGAGUCAUUUUCUGAGCCGACUGUCGACUCAGUUUGUAACUUUGCCGUUUCCUGGCAGCAGGCAGACGCCAACCCGCAUUGCUGCGCGUUGUUACUGGACAGCUGCGUCUGUUACGUGAUGUACCUACAGGUGUGAAGGUGGAGCAGAGGAUGAGAUGCGUUUGUUCUUGAAUGCAUGCCGCUGAAGACGUGCAGAAAGGAAACGUGCGCCUGAAUGAUCUGCAUGAGCGUUUUAGAGGCGUUCUCCUCUCAGAGCUGGAGAAACCUGAGAGAAAAAACUAAAUGGUUGAAAUCAGAGAGCAGUUUUUGUGUGGAAAACACUGGAGUGUUUUGGUUUAAGCGGAAUGGCAACAGGAAGGAUGUUGCAUUGUUUUGUUUUUUUUGCGAUAAGCAGCGGCGGCGGCCUCGGAGUCAUGCGGACCGAGCCAUUCGGUGCUGAGAGGUCGGCCGGUGAAAGCUGCAGACGCCACUGAAGCAUUCCACUAACCUGACUGAAUUUGAGGAUUUUUUAAUCUUCCUCAACUUCCAAAAAAGUCAGUUUGUAUGAGUUCAGGGUCAAAUGUGCAAAGUUGGGGCACACUAAAGGAAAAAUGUAUUUUUAUACAAAAUGUUUUGUCAACUUUUUCUAUUUGUUUUUCCUAAUAAAACAUUUAAAUAA